AUGCUCUAUGCUGAGCUGGAGCCAUCUUUAACCGUCACAGAGCAAAACCUGGCAGACCGAGUUCGGUAUAUCUUGCGCUCAAAUAUAUUUGAUGUCGCCGAACUCGAACGGCUACGACGUGAGGCUGUUCCCUCAUCGGAUGAAAAUGCUACGGCUGAGGAUGCGGCGCCACAUAUUGCAGAGCAACCCGCAAACGUGGAUGCUGCCGUGAAUACCCCAGUUGUGGUUGAUUCAAACGAUGAUGGAACAGUCGCCCAGGAACUGGAAUUUGAGCAUAUGAGGAGUACAUUGGAAGAGGCGAUUGUGGAAACGCGCAGUACGCCUCUCGAAAAUCGACCGCGACUUCCCCGCAUAGCCCUAAGCAAGCGGAAUCGGGCUGUCGUAAGGGCUUUGAAUCCAAUGCUGGUGACCUAUUUGCAAGCCAGCCGGGACCUUUGCGAGACGAAUUCAAUUCUUUUUGGCGCCGCACUGGCAGUACGCCGUAUUAUUGACACCAAAAUUUCCACGGCUGAACGCGCUAGUGGACAAAGUAGCGGUAUCCCAGCCUGGAGAAUAAGAAUUGAAGAACGUAUCGCAAAGGCUAGAGCCCUCAUCGGCAGACUGAUAUGCUUCAGGUCAGGCAAUAACAGGCCAAGGAUUGUGCGCACCGUCAGGAUGGCAUUUGCUGGGACAAAUGUUGGUUUGUCACAGCCGGAUAUAAGGCAAAAACUGACGGAGCGCAUAGAUGACCUGAAACAGAGAAUAGCUGCUUGGGGAAAGCGGAUUCGGCGAUAUACCGAGAGGUCGACACGGUUCAACCAGAAUCGUCUCUUCCAGAGUGAUCAGAAGAGGCUCUAUAAAUCAUCGGAGCAACCAAUGAGUCCAGAGUCAUCUUUGGAAAAAGCUGGUAUUGGUGACGAUAAUUGUUUUGACGGUGACAAUGGUGUAUCAGGCAGAGGCACGGACGUAACUUCGGCGCCAUCAUCUUAA